AUGAGUAUGCCGUUGCGCCAUCGCCGCACGCUCUCCGCCACCGUCGUCGACGAAACCGUCGCUGCUGCGGCCACGCUCGUCGGCAAGUGGCAUCCAGAUGACGACGGCGCCUCGCUCUUCCUCCACGCCUCCGCCUCGGAGGCUGACCACUUCCUGCACGCCGCCCUCGACCUCCACCGCGCUAUGCUCUUCUUCGCCUCCGACCCAACCAACGCCCACAACGGCAACGGCCUCGCCCAGGCCCAUCACCUCCUCGACACGGCCAUGCGGAGGCUUCAGCUCGAGCUCCGCCUCCUCCUCUCACCACCAGCCCGCGGGGAACACCAUGCCCGCACUCUCCACGCGCUCGCCCAGGCCAUGAUGACUGCCGGCUAUGGCAAGGAGUGCAUCUCCACCUUCAAGGAGCGUCGCCGCGCAGCGAUGGCCGCCACCCUGCGCCGCCUACAUAUCGUCGUGCAGCUCCACAAGCUCACCUGGGACCAGGUCGACGACAACAUACAGUCCUGGCUCGCCGCGGCACGCGUUGCCUUCUCGUCCGUCUUCCCUGCGGAGAAGGAGCUUUGCGACACCGUCUUCGCCGGUGACGCGUCUGUCGGCGACGCGGUGUUCGAAGACGUUGCCAGCCACCAGGCCACAAACCUCGUCGCCGUCGCUGAGGCCGCCGUGGCGCGAGCGCGCCGCGCGCCGGAGCGGUUGUUCCGUGUGCUCGACGUGCACGACGCACUCACCGAGGUCCUGCCGGCAAUCAUGUCCGUGUUCGGGGACAGGUCAGAGGUCGCGAAGCGCGCCCGCUCUGUUCUGUUUAAAGCCGGUGAGGCGGCACAGGGAGCACUGGGCAGCUUGGAGGCGGCCAUCGAGAAGGAGCCGUCCAAAGCCACGGCGGCAGGCGGCGCAGUGCACCCGCUGACGCGCUACGUGAUGAACUACCUGGUGUUCCUGGCCGACUACGAGGGCGCCCUUGAUCGCAUAAACCAACAGCCGUCCAUCGGUUGGCUGCUGCGGGUGCUGAUGCGGAAAAUCGAGGCCAAGGGCGGGAGCUGCCGAGAGGUGGCGCUCAGGCACCUCUUCCUCGCCAACAACACGCACUACGUCGGAAGGAAAGUGCGCGGCUGCAACAAGCUGCAGCAGGUUCUCGGGGAUGGGGAUGAUGAGGAGUUGGCGAGGGCGACGCGGCGUCACGUGGAGGCGUACGUUCGCGCGGUGUGGGAGAAGGUGCUCAAGGCAAUCGCCGCAGCGGACGGCGUGGAGGCGGCUUUGAUGGAGACCGUGGCGAUGCAGGACAACUGGGUCACUGCAGACCAGUCGAUGGGCGACGCGCUGAGGGCCGCGGCUACUGCUGCAGUGGUGCCCAAGUACAGGAUGUUCUACCGGCGCCACGGUGCGGCGCUGCGGCUGACGCCGGGGGACGUGAACGCCAUGAUCGGCGCUCUGUUUAAUGCCGCCUCUCAUCCUGAUCGACCAUGA